CCUGCAUUCACUAUAUCCGCUCUCCCCAGACCCUGCAUUCACUAUAUCUGGUCUCCCCGGACCCUGCAUUCACUAUAUAUCUGGUCUCCCUGGACCCUGCAUUCACUAUAUCUGGUCUCCCCGGACCCUGCAUUCACUAUAUCUGGUCUCCCCGGACCCUGCACUCACUAUAUCUGGUCUCCCCGGACCCUGCAUUCACUAUAUCUGGUCUCCCCGGACCCUGCACUCACUAUAUCUGGUCUCCCCGGACCCUGCAUUCACUAUAUCUGGUCUCCCCCGACCCUGCUUUCACUAUAUCCGGUCUCCCCGGACCCUGCAUUCACUAUAUCUGGUUUCCCCGGACUCUGCACUCACUAUAUCUGGUCUCCCCGGACCCUGCAUUCACUAUAUCUGGUCUCCCCGGACCCUGCAUUCACUAUAUCUGCUCUCCCCGGACCCUGCAUUCACUAUAUCUGGUCUCCCCGGACCCUGCAUUCACUAUAUCCCGUCUCCCGGACCCUGCAUUCACUAUAUCUGGUCUCCCACAGAAAUGCAAAUCCUGUACAGUAUAUAUACACGAGAUUUUGCUCAGCUCUGCCGUCCUGUAGC